GGAAUAUAGAAUGUGUCGCACUUAUCCAAAACUACCGAAAGAGGUGGCCUUUGACCAACAGUUACAGAUACAUACGCAGAUACAGAUACAGAUAGAGAUAGAGAUUCAGCGAGUGUUGUGGACAAAUCAAAUCAAAUGAAAUUGAGUGAAAUGUGGCAAAACAUGCGAAGCUCGACAGCAUCGAAAGCGAUCUGGAGAAUGGCAACCAACUGUGCGAGGCACAGUGCGGAUUAAAUGGAAAUGGAAGAGACGCCAAUUGUGGCAAAUUAGAUGAGCCGCAGUCAGAGCGAGUUUGAUGUUGAUGAUGCUGUUGCUGCUAAUGAUGCUGCCUCUGCUGCUGAUUCAGUCGCACCGCAGACGAGAUUCGCACAGCAACGCAACGAUUCUGCUUAUUUUCCUGGGGGAUUUCUCAAAAUGCAAUUGAGGUGUCUGCUUAUCUGCCUGGGUCUGAGCCUGGGCCUGCUUAUGCUGACAACGCCGGUCUGCGAGGCGCGUCGUGGUCGCGGUCGAGGACGCACCAAGUCCCGUGUUCAAAUCGGUUUACCCAUCACGGGCAAAUAUCGUGAUCCCGAAUCGGAUCAAUACUACAACAACAAUAACGGUGCCAAAAUCUUGCAGGCUUCGCACUUUGAUCUCGAGUACGUGCUGGGCCACAAGAUUGCUUUUCUGUGUGUGGCCAAGGGCAAUCCUCGACCGCACAUCACCUGGUACAAGGACGGUGCCGAGAUCUAUCAGCAUCUGUAUAUGCAUGUGCAUGAAUGGCGCAUUGGGGAUGAUCGCGUUAAAUCGAAGAUCGAAAUCGAUCCGGCCACACAAAUGGAUGCCGGACUUUACGAGUGCACGGCGGACAACAUGUAUUCCAUAGACAGACGCAGUUUCAAAACAGAUUUCUCCAUUGCCUUCGAUUAACGUAUCCCCAAUACACACAUAUU